AUGGUGUGGAGAUGCGACGACGGUGAAGAAUGGCGGCCAUUGGAUCUCAACAACGCCACAAAAUCCAAAGCACAAGAAGAAUCUUCAGAUCUUGUCAUCGGAAGUGAUUCUCACGAAGACUACACUACAAAAAUCAAAGACAGCGUCGAUAAUCCUUAUCAAACUAACGGCGAAACGGCCAUUUUGGAUACCAACGUCAAUGAACACCUCAAACUGAUCCCAAUCGAGAAAACAUUACAUGUUCCAUCUAACCAAAUGAUACUGCGUUCUUUUCCUGUACCCCUACCUAUCGAGAUGAAGGAACCGUUCCAGUUACACAUACCCGUUCCAGUAAAGAUCGAGAAGGAACUGCUUGUCCCUGUGGACAAGAUCGUUUACCACCCUGUCGUGAAACCCGUUCCGAUUAAAGUGAUCAAACAGCUCCUAAGAACCAAAAGCCCUCCCUGCAUCUUAGAACUCCUCACUCUACGCUCCUCUAUCCACUCCAUUAAUACCAGAUCUCAACUUAUUGAUUUAUAUAUCCCUUCUCGUAAAACUACAUCCUUCAACACAUCCUUCGUCAUUCUUGCUUCCUUCUUCUGGAAUUCUGUAUCCAUCACCAUACUCAAUGCAAAAAUUGCACCAUAG